AUGAGACCCAAUACAACUGCAGCCUCUGCACCAAAGGCAGUCCGUGACAGCAGUGGCAAGUGUAGUGUUGCUUGGAGUACUGAAGGUGAACAUACAUUCAAGGACAAGCCCUUCAUGAUUGUAAAUGCUGAGCUCAUUUACCGUCAGCCUUUGCAAGUCACAGAGGAGCCGCCACAGAUACACCCGCGUUUGUAUGGAUCCAAUGAUCACUGGUUGUCACAUAGAGCGCAACCGUUUUAUUUGACCCCGUGUUCAGUGGGUGAGCGCAACGUUGGUUGGUUCAGAGCUGCUGGAGUAGCAGACGUAAAGGCUCACUUCGAAAUCUCGGCCAGGGGAUUUCAAUACUGCUACGAAGCUGCCAAAGAUGGAGGUGACAUUGCCGGGUAUGGUCCUGCAAAGAGCUAUUUGGAGUUUGAAGCCUCCCGUGACUCCACGCCUUCUUACACCAAUGGUCUAAAAGUGCUUCAUUUGGUUCGCCGCCUAUGGGCUUGCGCAGAAAGCAACUCAGGCUCAUACGCAUCUUGUGAGUACAAUGAAAAAACAGAAACAGAGAGGGUAGCCAGAUCUUUGGUGGCAGUGGAUUUGCAUCGCUUGUGGAACGGCAACAAUUGGACACCUAAUCUGUGUAUUGCUGUGAUGGCAUGGCUGAUCAGCUUUUGGCAUGAAGAGCCUGAAACUGCCUAUGAGGUGCUGGCCAGGAUCAAUGAUAUCCUUUGGCUGCAUCGGGACAUGUUCACCUCUGAUGGUGUGUGCGUUGAAGGUGUUGCCAUGUACUCUUUCAUGUCAAUUACAGGGAUUGUUGGAAUCUCUGCGAUGCAGCGUGCAUCCUUUGGAUUUGCACCACACGCAAUCGAUGCAAAUACAGUUGCCAGCAUAGUGAAGUAUCAUUUGAAAUCAUUUGGCCAGCAUGUCAACUGA